AUGGCACGGGCUAGGAUGUGCCGGCUGCUGCUCACGCUCACCCUCUCCGCCGCUUUGCUAGCUUCCUGCCCGCAUUUUGCGGCGGCUCAAGAUACGCCAUCACCUGCGUUCAAGUUUAGCAAUUACAUGCUCAAGAACUGCCUCGCUCAAACCGACGCGUCGACCAACAGCGUGCGAUCCGCCGACUUCGGCGACGGUUUCGCAUUCGGAGUGACGACGAGUGCGACGCAGGUGGAGGGCAGCACGAACAAGGACGGCCGCGGGCCGAGCAUAUGGGACGCGUAUUCAAUGAUGACCGGCGCCAUUGCCGAUGGAUCCAAACCCUCCGAUGCAACUCAGAGCUACGACCGCUACAAGACCGACGUGAAGUUUCUCAAAGAGAUGGGCGUGAAGAACUACCGCUUCUCCAUCUCGUGGCCGCGAGUUGUGCCAGCUGGUGUGGGUGCGUUGAACGCCGAGGGUGUACGCUUUUACAACGACUUCAUUAACGAGUUGAAGGAUAACGGCAUCGAGCCCGUGGUUACACUGUACCACUGGGACUUGCCGUUCCCUCUUGAACGCGACCAGGGGGGCUGGCUCAACGACACAAUUGUGCGAAGUUACGCCAACUACGCGGAAACGUGCUUCCGCAAAUUCGGGGACAGAGUGAAAACAUGGAUUACAUUCGCCGAGCCGCAGCAGAUCGCCGUGCAAGGCUACGGCACGGGAGGCAUGGCACCGGGCCGCUGCUCGGACCGCACGAUUUGCACUGCGGGAAAUUCAUCCUCCGAGCCUUACAUCGUUGCCCACAACAUUUUGAAGGCGCAUGCGUUAGCGGUCCAGAUCUACCGCCAGAAGUACAAGAAGCAGCAGGGCGGUCGGAUCGGCAUUGCGCUGGAUUGCGUGUACCACUACGCGGCUGACGAAACUCGGGCGAGCAAAAACGCGGCGCAGCGGGGGAUGGAAUUCGCGUACGGAUGGUUCGCGGACCCGAUCCGUUACGGAAGUUACCCUCGCUCCAUGCGUUAUUUCGUCGGCGAUCGCAUGCCGAAAUUCAACCGCAAGGAAGCGCGACGCAUGCGCGGCGCCACGGAUUUUCUCGGGUUGGAUUUUUACUCGGCCGUGUACGCGUGGCCGGGCAGCACCGCGGGAGCUGGAAUUCCGUGGACCGACGCGCGCGUCUCCACUUCGCCCCGUAAUCCUCGAACCGGCAAGUUUGUCGGCGAGCCGACCUCCUCGAAGUGGCUCUACGUGGCUCCCGAGUCCAUGAAGAACAUGCUGCUGUGGAUAAAGAACCGCUACGGAAAGGAUGCAGCUGUAAUCGUUACCGAGAACGGUGUUAGCGAGUACAACGUGCAGGGGAUCACAAUGGACAAGGCGCUGUGCGACGUGCAGAGGGUGAACUUCCACAAGAGCUACCUCCAAAAUGUACUGGACGCCAAAAACAACGGAGUGAAUGUGCAAGGCUAUUUCGCGUGGUCAAUGAUGGACAAUUGGGAAUGGUCGCAGGGCUACACGCAGCGAUUUGGCAUGCUCUAUGUCAACUUCACCCACCCACUCAAGCCUCGAUACCCCAAGGCCUCUGCCAUCUGGUUCAAGAAUUUCCUAGCUACUAGUUAG